AUGGAUAACAAGCGACAAUGGCUUUUUAUCGCUAUUAUCAUCAUUGUUAUUAAAGUGAUUCAUGUUGAAGCACAACCGUUUAUCGGAGCAUGGAACAAUCCAUUUGUCACAGUAUCUAAAUUAACAACAGCACUCGAAAAAAAACCGCUAGACUGCUGCCAUCCAGCAUCAAUCCGAAAUGUUGAGUCCCAUAAAUUACCUCAAUUACCUCUACGACAUUCAUCAGCACCACCAACAAAAUUACAGCAACCGCAACAGUAUUUCUAUCAUGAAACAUCAGCGGUGAAAAAGGCUAGUUAA